AUGAAAGUGAGUUCAACACCUUUGAGCGGGCUCAAGAAGACGCUAUCUCGACUUGUCGCCAUGACGUACUGUCCAGACUUUCCCCCUCCUCCGAGUCUCACCGACGUCGUCAAGGCCGUCCUCCUUGGAACGUCUGCCACACCGCGGUUGCUGGGACAGGCCGGUUGGUUAAGCCCGAGGCCGGCGGUUACGAGAACAGCCUUUCGGCGCUCCGGCACCCUCGGACCUGCGCGAUGGGGUGGCCGACUGGCCAUUUCGCAUCUCAUCUCGGCCGGACACCUACGUCUAUUCUCCCUACAUGUCUCUGCGUUAAUGUAUAUAUGUAUGUAUGUAUGUAUAUAUGUAUGGAUGUAUGUAUGUAUGUAUAUAUGUAUGGAUGUAUGUAUGUAUGUAUAUAUGUAUGCAUGUGUGCAUUUAUGUAUGUAUGUAUGCAUGUAUGUAUGUAUGUAUUUAUGUUUGUAUACAGGUAUGUAUGCUUGUAUGUAUGUAUUUAUGUGUUUUGGUGUGUUUGUGUGUUUGUGUGUGUAUGAAGGGUAUUGGAAAGGUCGUUAG